CGGUUUCGGUCACUUGCCCUUAUCGUUCAGACGUGGGAUUUCGUCUCAAUAAAAUUUCUCGGAGAUCAAAGCGAAUAUAGUUCCCUCCCUCGAACGUAUGGGAUGAAGACAAUUCCCGUUCCUCAAGAAAUUGCUUGCUUCUGAUUCUUGAUUUCAAAAAAUGGAAGCUUAAGCGAGGGAUUAUAACAGACACCAUCAAAUGGAUUCUCAAAAUCGACCUCCCAAGAUAGCGCUCCACAUUCCUGUUCGAUAUUUUGAUUGGGUGAGUUAGGUCAUGGGAAUUGAAGGUUUCUGCUUGUUUAUUCCGACUUUGUAGUGCGAAUCAAUCGAUUUCGACGAUUCUAGGGUAUUGUUCAAGGAUUUGUUAGGAGUUACUCAACUAAUUACUUAAAGAUGCAAUGUCGAAGGCGUGAAGAUUACUAUGUUAGAGAGCCGGAAAAUACGGAACUACAUGUACAAGAUCGACUUCAUCUUGAUCAUGGUCGAUAUGGUAUGGCCCGGCGGGAGACACUGGAUCGAUCUCCACGUCUUAGGAGAAGUUUGAGCCCUCAUAGGUUUGGUGUUUCCCGACGCGAAGUGGGUUUGGUUGAUAGGGUUGAUAACACAGAAAGGAGGGACGGGAAUUGGCAUCUGAGAACUGGAAGGAACAAUGAUAUUGGGUUAAGUUCACAUUCUUUUGGUCAAUCGAGGAAAGUGCCCAACUAUGAGGAAGUGUUCCUGCACAAUGAUCACAGGCAGCAUUCAGAUUUGCAGCAGGUUUCACCUGAUCCAAGGAGAUUUUCUGCUGACAAUGAAGUUGUUGACUAUAAGCAUGACGUUGGGUAUAGGCUUGGUGAUUUGAGAAUUAGAAAAGAGAGGGAAAUUAUUGAAGGGAGAUGGUCAGAUGGCCGUGGACAAAGGAUGACGGAUCAGAGACUUUUGGCUAUAGAAGAGGGCAAUGGGAUGGGAUCUUAUAAUUCACAUCCUGGUAUUGGUCCUACGGCUGUUUAUAAAGACUUCUUUCCAUCUUCCCUGAGUUUGGAUGUGGAGAUGCGAGGUCUUGACAAUGAAAGACUCAAAUUUCGAAACCAUGUAGUUUCUGAUAGACCUCAGAUCACAGAUUCACAAGAAGCUCAAGAAGGACAGAAGUUUAAUUCAAGGAAUAUUGGAUAUUCUGCAAGUUCAGGAUUUUAUUCCAGAGGAAAUGAGAGCUCCUUGUCAGGACCACUGGCAAGCCAGUGUUUGGAAUCUUAUCGUGAUGGCCAUUACUUUCAAAUUUCAGAUGAGUUUUCAACAAGGACCCACGGAGACAUUGUGGACCAUAUAGAGUUUAAUUCAUAUGGGAAAAGGACCCUUGUAGAUUCAGCCAUUGAUCUUCAAGGUGGAAAAAGGAAUCUUACUCCUCAUCAACGAGGAACAAAUAGUCCUAGAAGGGAGCACGGGAGCUAUUUUUAUUCUAAACCUGAGAGAACAGUGAAUAAUUCAAAUGAAGAUCCAUCUCGUGUGGUGCAGAAAAUUACUCAAACACGUGGUUAUGUUGAUUACGCCAGUACAGUUGUUUCUGAUCAUGGAGACUUUUCAAGAACUAAAGUUGCAAACACUAGUAUGCUGAAAAUACAAAAAGCUGAUGAUUCAUAUGCAAACUAUAGAGCUGGAAUAGCACUUGACCAGUAUAGACUUAGAAAACAGACAGCGUUAGAUUACCCUGAUAUAGGACCAAGCACAGAAGAAAUAAACGAUGACAAUGAAUAUGCAGGUGCUGGAUCCAUCUAUUCUGAUGUGGGGAGAGUAACUCAAGAUUAUGAAAGGUCAAACAUUAACCAUUCUCAGUAUGGUCAAACAUCAUAUGCAAUAUCGGAUUACGGCCCUGAAAGAGAAGUAGGUUCAUACUAUUUGAAGGAGAGGUUGCGUAGGUCCAACAUGUCCAAGUGCGAUAGAGAGGCUUACAGAAGUACUGAAAGAGUACAGAGAAUGACAGAGGGUGUUCGCACUUAUAAUUUGAGGGAGGAUCAUAUGCCAAAAAGAAAGUACUUUGAGGAAGAUAUGAACUUACUCGAUCAUAGAAUAGCUACAUCACGUGAAAAUGCACCCAAUAAGCUUGUGGAUUUAUAUGAUAGUGAUGAACAGUGGAGGGAUGAUGGAAACAGAUAUAUAUCCAGGAAAGCAGGAUUUGACCACAACAAAUACAAGAAGCCAAAUACGAAAUAUAAUUGUCGUAAUAUUGCUGAUUCACAUGAAAGUUAUUCCGAUCAUGCUCAAAAAUAUAAAUUUGGUUCAAAAUAUAUGAAGGGCAAUAAAAAGUAUGGUCCUUCAAGCUGGAUCAAGUCACAAAAUGUUGAUCACAGAAAUAGUUUGCAUAAACCAUUUAAAAAUUGGAAAAAAACUGAAGAGAAUGAUUAUGCUCGUGUAAAUGAUGAUGACUUGUCAGAUGAUUUGAUAAUAACUACAGAAUCUGAACCCCCUGAGGAUUCUGAAGAGUUUAAACAAUUGGUCCAUGAGGCCUUUUUGAAGUGCUCAAAAAUGUUGAAUAUGAAUCCUAGUGUCCGGAAAAAGUACAAGGAGCAAGGAAAUGCCGGUAGUUUAUAUUGCGUCGUAUGUGGCAGAAGCGACUCAAAGGAAUUUAUGAAUAGUCAACGCCUGGUAAAGCAUGCUUAUAUGUCCCACAAGGUAGGGUUGAAGGCUCAACAUUUAGGUCUUGGGAAAGCCAUAUGUGUUUUGAUGGGGUGGAAUAGUGUCUUUCCCCAAGACACUGUAACAUGGGUUCCUGAGGUCUUGUCCAAGGAAGAAGCUGUGCUUCAGAAGGAGGAUCUCAUCAUCUGGCCUCCUGUUAUUAUUGUCCGCAACGUUUCUCUGUCACACAACAGUCCUGAUAAGUGGAGAGUCGUAACAAUUGAAGCACUCGAGUCUUUCUUGAGAAGUGGAUUCGAAUUACUCACCAUAUUCCCGGAUUGUAAGAUGUGGAAGCAUUAACGUCACUAAAUGACAGGUAAAAACCUACUGAAGGGAAGAGUGAAAAUGAGUUUGGGGUGUCCUGCAGAUCAAAGCGUGAUCGCGUUGAAGUUCCUACCAACCUUUUCUGGUUUGACAGAUGCAGAAAGACUCAACAAAUUCUUUUCCGAAAACAGACGAGGAAGAGAGGAUUUUGAGGUGGCAAAGUGCAACAAUGGCGAAGUUAAAAUGGAGGGGAACAAAAUAGAAGAGGUAGUUCUUUAUGGAUACUUAGGAACAGCAGAAGAUCUGGUAGACGUUGAGCUCAAUGCAAGGAAGUUUAUGAUAAAGAGCAAAAAGGAAAUAUUGGAGAUGUAACUUUUAAGAUGAUCAUCCUUUUAGGAUAUUAAUCAGUAUUGCUGGAAAAGUGUAACCAAGUUGUUGCUUAUAUAACAAUUUUGAGAAUUGUACCAUGAAAAGAAAUGGGGAACUCCUGUGCUUUUGUGUA